AUGGGUGCAUUAAGAUUUUUCUUGAGGAUCCACAUUUCAUCAAAUCAAGGUGCAUCUGUGGCUUGGACUAUAAAAUGCCACAACUCCAUUCUUUCACCAAACUGUGCAUCUAAUGCUUCUUACCAGUCUUUAUCAGCAUACCUGGGCUUCAAUGGAAGGAAACCCGAUGGCCUGGUUAGCACUUCUGUUUCUGUUGAAGAGUUUCCUAAGGCAGAUGAAAAUAUCAAGAUUGAAAAAAUAAUGAUUCCAAUAAAGAUAACCAACUCAAUCAGACGAGACUUUGUGGAAUUUGUCAAGGAUAGCCAUAAGAUUCUAGCAAAUAAUAAAUAG